AUGUCGCCCCCGACCAACGCCACUGAGUUCGCAGCUACUGAGGCUGUCCUCCAGCAAGCCCUCGCUGACUACAAGGCAGCCCUCGAGGUUGACAAGGUUCCGCCUCCCCACCUCAACGACUUCAAACCUGCCGUCUUGGAUGACCCCAACUUCGUUCCUUCUCCCGCCCUUGGUCAGGCCACGAUGACCCUCAUCAGCUCCCUCGGUAGGAUGACGCACAUGGUCCAGACUAGCGUGGAACGCUACCGUCUUCUUUCCUUAGAGCACUGGAUCAAUCGAUCCGUCGUGCUCGUCGACAAACAGAAGAUUCCUCAGCUCCUGAUCAAUGCUGGCGACAAGGGAAUGUCCGUCGAGGAGCUCGGACCCAAGGUCAAUGUGCACCCUGAGCGCCUCCUUGCCACGCUCCGCCUCCUUGCCAACGAAGACAUCUUCGUCGAGGUCAAGGAGGGUGUCUUUGCCCACAACAGGACUAGCAUGGCACUCGCCCAGGUAGAACUUUGCAGCGCAACCGUUGGUCACCUGGCUUUCCACUCGUACCUUGCCGCAGUCGAGAUGCCCCGAAAGUGGGCUGAUUCCGCAAAGCAAGGCAAGAUUGAGCCCGAUGUUACGCUGUGGUCGGAGCAAUUCGGGUACACGGGCAAGAUGACCUACUGGCAGUACCUCGAGAGUGCUGGACUGACCCAGAGGUUCGCCACGAUGAUGGGCUGCAUUCCCACAGGUAGCCUCGCUCAAGCCUUCGACUUCUCUGGUCUCCUCGGUAACGGCACCACCAUCGUUGAUAUCGGUGGCGGGCGCGGCACUACGCUCAUGGCCAUUCUUGACCGCUACCCUACACUCAAAGGGAUUGUGCUCGACAUGGCUCCCGUGCGUCAGGCCUUUGAUGACUAUUGGCGGGACAGCACUGUCGUCAAAGAAGGGCGCAUCACCUUCGAGGUGGGCAACUACUUUGAUGAGCAGCCCGAGAAGCGUCGCAACGAACAAGGCUAUCACUAUCUUGUUCGUUGCAUCUUGCAUGACCUACCCGACGACAAGGCUGUGACGGUCCUCCGCCGCAUUGCUGCGGCCAUGCAUUCUUCCUCCAAGCUGAUCGUCAUCGACGAAAUCAUGCAGCCUGCCCUUCCUCAGCCCGUUGGCACCAAGCCCCUUCCCUUGGAGACGCCUCCUGGACCUCUGCCUGCCUCGGGAGGGAUGGCCAAGACCUUCCGCAAUCUGCUCGAUCUCGAGAUGCACGCAAGCUUCAAUGCAAAGGAGAGGACGAAGAAGGACUUCGAGGCGCUCUAUGCUCAAGCUGGCUUGAAGCUGGUCAAGACUGCUCACUUCACCGCCUCGUACCCUUUGCAGGUGGUCGAGCUCGCCCUCUAGACGUGCAACGGGGGCCAGAAGGGUUACCCUCAGAAUGAGCUGACGGGCGUGAUCCAUACCUCUUUCCUCGCUCUCUUGGCUCAAUGAUACACGUCCUGCUUGUGCU